UUAAGCGUAAAUAUUGAGACCAAAAAAUCGGAAUCAUCAGUCGACACGACAGCGUCACUGCAUCAAAUCGCUUAAAUAAGUUCCACACUCCGCACCCUAAACAGUUCAACCUUAUGAGACCUUGAAAUCCACAAUUUUAUAAAUCUUUUUUAAAUACACAUUUUCCUCUUGUUUAGUGCUUCCCAAUAUCCGCUCGUCCGAUCAUGAAAUGUUAUAUAUAAUAUCCUGCUCUCAUCGUGAGCACACUUGAAAUCUGCGACGGGUCAUUGAAAAGCACAGUCUUCGUGAAUCAUAAAUACACGUAAUAUUCAUAAGAUUGGGUGAAUUUCGUUCGCAAUGUCUCCCAUAACAAAGGCGUUGUUGGAUGAAAAUUGUGAUCAGAACGUGAUUGACAAACUAAUUAAAAUCGUGCAAGUUGCUCUCCAAUGUUCACGAGGCGACGAGGACACAUCUUCUUCGUCCAAUCAGACUCUUGUUCUUAACAGUCAGGAUUUAAAGUUUGCAGGAAAACUGUUUGGCCAAUUAGUUAAUGCCAACAAUUCGCUCCUGGAAACGGAGGGAGACUCGUUUGGACCAACACAGAAUGCAACAAACAUUGUCACCUUUAAACCUCGUCCUUCAGAACCAGGUCGUUCUCCACACAGACUCCAACAUUUGGAAAUGAUUAAAGUCGGAGUCCUGAUAUUUGUCAUCUCAAUCAUAAUGCUAACUACCUGUCGAAUGGUAUUUCAGCUAUUUGUCCGAUUUCGGCCUGAGAAACCACAAAUGCAUUGAUGAUUUAGUUAGAAUGCUUUUGUAUUAACUUAAUAUGCUAAGGAAUUAUUUGUUAAUUUGAGUAGGAAAAUUCAAUAGAAUUUCUUGGAAACAUCCCAAUAAAUAAGUUACUCAGAUUUGCUUUUGCAUUCAAUAAAUGUGAAAUCAUAUGAAAUCAUUACAGCUUUUUGUCACUAAAUGAAUAAAAGCCUAUUAUGUAUGUACAAGAUUCA